UUCAAAAUCGCGGGAAAUGGGCAACCGGGCUUCAUCUUCCAGAGCAAACCGCGAACAGGCCAAGGUGAUUCACUUGCGCGCACAGGCGAGCGAAGACGUCGACUUGGACAUGCUGACCGAGUACUCGUUCGGGGUCGCCCAUGAGCACGAAGUGCAGCACUACAUGCCGCCGCAGCUCCCGCUCCUCCCAGUCUUGACCAAAGCGCGCAUCGAAACGUGCGCGCGGUCGUGGGACAAGGUUCGCACCGCCGCCACGGACAAGAUGAAGAGUUAUGGGAAACCUGGCAUCGUGUUGUUUUACGACGAGUUCUUCUACCGGUUGUUCCAGCGCGACUCGACGUUCCGCGUUGUGUUUGCAAACAGCAAGGAGCGUGCCGAAGUUCUGAUCAAAGCGCUCAUGUUCAUGCUAAACAUGCGCGCCGACUCGCCCGAGAGCGUCGCGAACAUGCAGAAUCGAUGCCGGUUCCUCGGCCACAAACACCGGUCGUAUUCGCUCGUGCGGCCGCACCACUUUGCCGCGUACACGAUGACGUGCAUUGAAGUCAUCAUGUACUGGAUGGGCGACGAAGCGUCCAUCAUGGUCGCCGACGCGUGGAGCAACGUCGUGGGCUUUGUCUUGCGGUACCUCCUCGAGCCCUACUUGUGCAAUCGGACCGACCCGUACGAAUACUACCAAAACACGACAAUCGCGGCGGUGCGGGAGAUCGAAGAAAGCACGGCGAGCGGCUCGACCGUGGGAAGCGUUGCGUCGACCCACCGCCCGGACUCCAAGAUGUCCGUCAGUCGCGACCCAUCGCCGCACACUGCCUCGACCGCACCAGCGAUCAACACGCACGGGUCGAUCAGGAGGACGUCGCAGCCGCGGACGUUCACUUGAUAAAGGCGUUCGUGAGUCCAGUUGGCGCUUUUGGUCGUGUAACACCAGUGCAAAAGGUAGCUAGCCAUUUGUGAUGAAUGUCAGCGCGCGAGAGCAUCGUGCUUGUCGUGCUUCGAACGA